AUGGAGAUUGGCUUGGUGGCUCAUUCCGCGGCGUUGUGUGUCUCGUGUCUCACCGUAUGUAUGUUGGAAAUACCUUCUAUCGUGGCCCGGUAUGUAUAUUAAGAACUUUUAUUUUGAAUGUCAAGUCACGUGAUCUUUGUAAACUAUGAAUGCGAUUGAUUAUUUCAAAUUCGACUAUGAGGACUGGACUAGGUUUCAAGUCCGCGCAAUGGACCUAUUCCCUAAUGAACAAAUUUUUGAUCUAGACAAGUCUAGACAAAAAUUUCAUCACAGCUUGAAAGAGCAUCACAAAAUUAGUAAUAUUCCGAAGUUUCGUUGCGAAAUGUUGUAAAAUGCGGAUAAUAUAGCCCUGCGAAGUUUGCCGUUUUUGAGUCAUUUUGUAUUACGCACGGGAAAUUGAUGCCUUUUUUCACUAAUCGGUAUCAAUUUCGCGUUUGUAAUACAAAAUAACUGAAAAACGGCAAACUUCGCAGGGCUAUAUUAUCCGCAUUUUACAACAUUUCGCAACGAAACUUGUGAUGUGUGAUGAAAUUUUUGCUUAGACUUGUUUAGAUCAAAAUGUUGUUCUAUAACAAACGUACUUGCAGGGAGGUGAGUCCGGGAUUGGACGCACCGAGGGUGGCUGGAAGUUUCCCGAACUUACCGAGCGAAGCGAGGUGAGUUCGGGAAACUUCCAGCCACCCGAGGUGCGUCCAAUCCCGGACUCACCGAACCUGCAAGUACGUUUGGUUUUUAUCCCAUACACCGAGCCAUACACAGAUUUGUAGGUCUUCGCGAUAUAUUCGUCGAUGUUUUGUCAACAUUUUCCCGGCCAAAAAAAUCACUGGGCAAGAAAAUACUUCUUUAUCUACGUCUACAUUACCUUUACUGCAUUUUUUCUUUGGUUUUUCUUCAGUCUCAGUAUGUUAGUCACCGAAAAAAGUUCUUUAAAUUUAGGUUUAUCGGCUAAAUCUUGUCCGCCAUAUUUGUUAUUGUUAUUGCAACGUAAGCAGUUUAGCGGGUGAGUUCGGGCGAAAAGCAGGUGAGUUCGGCAAAAAGCAGGUGAGCUCGACGACAAGCUCACCUGCUCUAAACCAAUCAGAAAGCCGCUUUUAACACAGGUAUGGGAUAAAUUAGGGAAUAGGUCCAUUUGAUCACGUCCGAGGCGAAGCCAACAUCUAGUCCAGUCCAGAUGACAUCUCGUACGAAUAAAUCACUACUUAAAGUGAGGUGAAUUUUGAUCCAGUCCAAGGACUGAAUUAAUUUUGAUCCAGUUCUAAGACUGGUAUCACCAACUGGUUCCUAUAUCUAAAGACUGCCUGGUAAAGAUUGUCUGGCGUUAAUUUUGUUACUUAUUUUCUGUUUCUAGAUUGCUUCCGACAUACUUAGAAAAGUUUGCUAAACUUUCACCGACGCCCCAAGUUGCUAUACCUUUGUUAGAGUUCCUCUCAG